ACAAACGAACUCCAUGAUAUUCAUGUAGUUUUAUUAAGUUCAUUAUGCAUCUAUAUAAACAUAAUUUAGUUAUUUAUGAAUUUACAUAAUACUAAAUAUUAAAGAUAUAUUAGCCAUUAGCGUAUGAAAUUUAAAAAAAUCGCAUUUAUUGAGCCUCACAUUUUGGAAAUUGUAUCCAUACGCUUUAAAUUAAUAUCGAUUUUUUAUACUUUUAAGUCACAUGUCGAAUACCUAUUAGAAGUUGGCGCUAUGACGUAGAUGUAAUUUAUUGAACCCUAACAUUGUCCGUACUAAAAAGCAAUAAAUUAUAUGUAUAUAACUAAUGUACCAUUAUGGAUAAAUAUAAUAUAAUAUAUAAUAUUAAUAUUUUAUUAUAUUUAUGUUGAAAUUGGUCGUGAAUGGUUAUAUCUGUGAUUCAACGAACAGAUAUCAACAAUUGAAUUGGUUAGUAAAGCCUGAAAGUUUCUUAUUUUUUUUUUAGAAAAGGGACAGACUAUGUUAGUUUGUAUACGUUGUCUGUUUCUCUUUUUUUCGAUUGAUCCAUCGGAGUAUUACGUCACUAUGAACGCAUAUUUCGAUUUAUUUUCAUAUGUUAUUUUAUCCGUCUUAAAUCUUAAUAAGGGAUAUUCUAUAUUCUAUAUCUGUGAAAUUAUUAAUGAUUCAUUAAUGUAAUAUUUCAUAUAGGGUACAAUUUUUGUCUUUAUGUAAGGCGACUUAGAAAUUUUUUCUUUCCAAAUAAGUAAAGUUUCUUAAAACAAUAAUGUAUUUGAGUACGGAAAAAUAAAUAUAAUUUCCUAUUAGUGUAGUAUGAAAUAAAUCGCGAGCUCUACGCUGCUACGCUCACAGUUUCUAUAGUAACGUACGGUUUUUACCGUCACUACUGUAGAUCAAUACUAUAUUCUCCUCUCUACAUACCUACUACUACCCUUGAUUAUUCCAUGCAGGCCUUACGUUGUUUACUUUAUUUACGCAUUAUCUCGUCGUCUGUUGAACACAUUUGUUCGAUACUAUAUUAUUACGUUUUGUUUUGAUUUUUUUCAACAAAUCGCAAGUUGCGUGAUCAGUGUUAAAUAUAUAGGCACGUCAUUUAUAACAAACGAAUAGAUGUUAUAUAAUAAAGUGUAACACGUAAUAUCUACAAGCUUCAAAUACCAAGUUUUUUCAAAUUUAAUAAAGCUCGAAAGUCGCAUUCAUAUAACAGAAUGCAUAGUUUUGGUUUGCAGUCAGCUUUGGCGAUUCGACGUCAACGUAAGAGACGAGCAGAACUUAAACGGCACAUGGAAAGACGUCGUCUUAGUUCUCAAUCGAUAGAAAGUGGGAUUCAUGGUUCUAAAUCUACAGUAACAAGCCCGACAGAAUAUCAUGGAUCUGUUGGCAGUCUAUCACAGGGGCCAAGGAGAAGAAAGAGACCACCUAAAAUGCUUGAUACAAAAGUCGCUUCUAGCAUAGGCAUGCUUCAUGUUGGAGUGGUUUUUCUGGUUUUGGGCCUUUUUUUAAUUGGGUCUGGAAUUAUACCUGAUGAUUAUGUUUCUUGGGGUUCAAAAAAUUGGGUUAAUGAACUUGUAAUAACUGGUUUAACUUCAAGUAUAAUUGGUAUAUUUUUGCUUGUAUUGAAUCAUUUCAUUAACCGCAAAGCAGAAUCAGAUUUAGCCGCUUACGUGGAACGUCAAUUGACCAGAACAAGAUCAGGUAGAAGACUGGUACCAGACGCAGAGACUGGUGCUAUGCAUACAAAACAACAACAAAAAGCAAGACAACAGAGUCAGAGUCAACAGCAAACUUCUCCUGGUUCAGAUCUUGAUCAAAUUGCUGAAGAAGAAGCAUCUGGUUCGGAAUAUAGACAUGUUGAUCAAUAUAAUAAUCAUGAAAUAGAGAGACAGCAUCCAGGCAGGACCCAUAAUGCAUACAAUAGGGAAUUAUUGGUAACACGGUGUUAUGACACAACUGAAGCAUAGUAAGUUGUAACAAAUUAUCUUGAUAAAUAGUUUUAAAAAAAAAUGAAGUUAUUAAGAUAAAUUACUUUUAAGAAAUUUAAUUUAUAUUUAAUAAUAAUAUUUACAUUUUAACUUAAAUUUAUUUAAUUUGCCUGUUUUUAUGAAUGAAUGUAUACAUUGA